UAAGCGGAGACGAAGAUGUAAGAAGAGCAUAGAAACAGAAUUGAAAAACUCAUAAGCAAGAUAGAGAAGAGAAUCUAAUCAGUUGUGUUGAGGGACACAUCAUUCUCUUCUGAUUCGCGAAGAACUCAACGAUCCCAACCCAAUCGCAAUCGGAAGCAAUCGAUCAGUCAAUUGCUUCCGGCAAGGAGAACAAUAAUGGCCUCGGAAUUAGAAAUUUCUCCGGCGGACGCUCGCAAGGCUCCCGGCAAGGAGCAGCAAGCCGCCGGCGUCGGAAUCCUCCUGCAGAUCAUGAUGUUGGUCUUGUCCUUCGUCCUCGGCCACGUCCUCCGCCGCAAGAAGGUUUACAUCAUUCCCGAAGCCAGUGCUUCUCUUCUCAUAGGGUUAAUUGUUGGUAUACUAGCAAACAUUUCAGACACCGAGACUAAUAUCAGGGCGUGGUUCAAUUUUCACGAGGAGUUUUUCUUCCUGUUCCUGCUACCUCCUAUCAUAUUUCAGUCUGGGUUCAGUCUCGCACCUAAACCCUUUUUCUCAAAUUUUGGAGCAAUUGUCACAUUUGCUAUAUUCGGUACCUUCAUUGCUUCAAUUGUAACGGGUAUCUUGGUUUAUCUUGGUGGCUUGCUCUUUCUGAUGUAUAGGCUACCUUUUGUCGAGUGCCUGAUGUUUGGUGCUCUUAUAUCAGCUACUGAUCCUGUUACUGUUUUGUCCAUAUUUCAGGAACUGGGCACAGAUGUCAAUCUAUAUGCCUUGGUUUUUGGAGAAUCUGUUUUGAAUGAUGCCAUGGCAAUUUCUUUGUACAGGACAAUGUCAUCAGUUAGAGCUGAUCCAUCUGGACAAAAUUUAUUCAUGGUGGUUGUUCGAUUUUUGGAGACUUUUGUAGGGUCAAUGUCUGCAGGUGUUGGAGUUGGAUUUAUAUCUGCUUUGCUGUUUAAGUAUGCAGGAUUGGAUAUUGACAACCUUCAGAACUUGGAGAGUUGUCUUUUUGUCCUUUUCCCAUAUUUCUCGUACAUGCUUGCUGAAGGCCUUGGUCUGUCUGGUAUUGUAUCAAUCCUGUUCACAGGAAUAGUCAUGAAACAUUAUACAUAUUCCAAUUUAUCACAAAGUUCUCAACGAUUUGCCUCUGCUUUUUUCGAGUUAAUAUCAUCUUUAGCUGAAACAUUUGUAUUUAUAUACAUGGGCUUUGAUAUUGCUAUGGAGCAACAUAGCUGGUCACAUGUUGGAUUUAUAUUCUUCUCCAUUAUAUUCAUUGGAAUUGCAAGGGCAGCAAAUGUCUUCUCAUGUGCUUAUUUGGUCAAUCUGGUCAGGCCCACUCAUCGAAAGAUACCUUCAAAACAUCAGAAGGCACUUUGGUAUAGUGGACUUCGAGGAGCAAUGGCUUUUGCGCUUGCUCUGCAAUCAAUUCAUGAUCUUCCAGAAGGACAUGGGCAGACUAUCUUUACUGCAACUACUGCAAUAGUUGUUUUGACGGUAUUGCUGAUUGGUGGUUCAACAGGUAGCAUGCUGGAAGCUCUAGAUGUUGUAGGUGGAGAUAAUGAUAGCCCUUUGGCUUCAGUUGGUACCAUCACAAAUUUCGAUGGAAACAAUGGUUAUAUUGCUCCUCAUUACAACGAAGAAUCAUCUUCUGGGAACAAAAUCAAGAUGAAGCUAAAAGAAUUCCACAAGACUGCUGCAUCUUUUACGGCAUUAGAUAAAAACUACCUGACCCCAUUCUUUACAAGUCAAAAUGGAGAUGAAGAUGAUGAAGCCGAGCCUUUUACUUCCACAAGAUCGGGAUUUCAUGGCCAGAACCACUAUUCAUCAUGAUUCGUUCCAGACAACAUACUGAAUGCUUUUUUGUACAUAAUUUCCGUCAGAUAGCUCGUAGGAAUUGGCACAAUACAGGAAUCUAAUUUACCUCCUACAUUCCAAGUUGUACGAUAGAGAAUCUCAUGUCAAGUCUCAUUAGUUUGGACAACACCAUGUCUGGCAGAGAUAGCAUUCCAUGCAGUUGAUACAUGCCUCUGCCAUGAAGUUGGAGGUUUAUAAUUGGAUCUCACCAUACAAUCACACACGUAUUUUUAAGUUGACAUUUAUACGGGUUUUCUUACUUAGUCUAGUUCAGGUGAAUUCUGAAAAUUCUGGCUCACUUCAUCAUUGUGACAGUGAAAUUAUACCCCUCAAAAUGAAUUCAAUCAUGGAAAACUGUAUCUCAAAAUAAAUGCAUCAUGGACUAUGGCUGAGUCCUUAUACAGGCAGUGAAUUGAAGAUUGGUGCGUAUUACUUGUGCUGGAUUUACUUAACAUUAUAAAUUUUCAUGAUGUUAUUUGGC